AUGGCAGCACGCGGUCUGCCGCCUGGCGUGGGCCGGCUAUUUGCGAUGAGGGCAGAGCUGGGGAGCGGAAGACGAGCUUACAGCACGUCCCAGGCCUUCACGGAGGUUCUACGGCUGCCAAGCAAGCAACUGACGAAGCUCGUGUUCCCGCUGCAAGAACUCGAGCGGCAUCUCGCCCCGGGCUCAAAGCCGGACUUUCACCCGAAGAUCUUCGACCCAAGCCUGGAGGACAUCGGGAGGGCGGAGACCAUCUUCACGGCCGCCGCCCGGAACCGCAUCGAGUACGUCAGUUCCGCUGUGCGUCUCGACCACGCCCCAGACCUCCGCCGCCCGGAGGUGUGUUUUAUAGGCAGAAGCAAUGUUGGAAAAUCCUCUCUAAUAAAGGCUUUAUUUUCACUUGCCCCAGAGGUUGAAGUUAGAGUCUCCAAAACACCGGGUCACACAAAGAAGAUGAAUUUUUUCAAAGUUGGAAAAUAUUUUACAUUGGUGGACAUGCCAGGUUAUGGCUAUAGAGCACCUGAAGAUUUUGUUGACAUGGUAGAAACCUAUCUAAAAGAACGAAAGAAUUUGAUGAGAACAUUUUUGUUAGUGGAUAGUGUUGUUGGAAUUCAAAAAACAGACAAUAUUGCCAUAGAAAUGUGUGAAGAAUUUGCAUUACCUUAUGUGAUGGUAUUAACAAAAAUUGACAAAUCUUCCAAGGGACAACUUAUAAAACAAGUACUUCAGAUCCAGAAAUUUGUUGACACUAAAACACAAGGAUGUUUUCCUCAGUUGUUUCCUGUAAGGAUGAUCUCCAGAGUCUCUUCCAGCUGUAAAAGUUUAUGAUUCUUGGACAAAUAAUGCCACUUCACAUGGAGGAACCUAAGCCCAGGGAAACCUACUAACUCCAGAUGACUGGUGGACGCAUGUGCAAAUAAAAGCAGAAGCAGGACUGGACUUUAAAUCUUAGAAGCUGAUGGCUAUUUCUAAACUUGUCAUGAAUGAGACUUCCUUAGUAUUGUCCAUGUUUUAAAGCACUAAGUAGCUCUAUCACUUGGUAAGAAACCAGAAGAAAUAUAAACAAUAAAAAGUGACUAGAGAUUAAGAAUUCUGAAUUAAAUAGGAUAUUUAGCAAGGCUUCAGGAAACAAGGAAGCUAAACCAGUGUUUAUCUAACUGCAUUUCAGGCUACUUGCAUCAAAAUCACCUGAGCCUCUUAUCAAAAAUGCAGACAUCUGGUCCUAUCCCCUAGCCACAUUUAUCAAUCUCUUCGGAAGGGACUCAAAACCUGCAUUUUUAAACAACCCAUCAAGUGAUUCACAAAACAUCCUACAGUUUGAGAACCACUGGUACAGUAUUGUAGGUAAGUGGGAAAAUGUACAG